AUGCCAACCUUGGACUUCGUUCUCGCAAGGACUCCGCUGGUCGCGUUCCUCACAAUUUUCAUAUGCUUUUUUGUGAUCUACAUCCGACGUAAACCAAACGCCAGCCGUAAUCAUGGCGUCGAGUCACCAAGCCCAUAUCCAGGAAAGGAAGCAAAACAAAGCCGCUUUGGCUAUCCUCCUGUCACCCCUCUCCCCAGCUUCAACUGGGAAACGACCGAGCCCCUUGUUUUCAGACCAUUCAAGCCAAAGUUUCACUUAACUAUGGCAAUAACCCAUCUCGACCUCUCAGACCUGAUCCCUAUGGACAAAACAUACCUCUCCCGCCUCUCUUUGCGAGAAAAGCUCCUGGCUGAGCAUCCGGAUGUCGUGCGGGGAGUAAAUAUCCACACGCAGAAUCCCACUAAGAAUGAGAAGAUCCGAGAGGCGCUCUGUGAGUGGUAUGCGUAUGUUAUGGGUACUUACUUGCCAGAGCGGUAUCCCACAAUGUUUCGGCUUGUCGACCACUUAGGGACUGGGAACGUAAAGUCUGAAAAAAUGAGAAAAAUGAUGAUUGAGUCCCUCGUUACGGGGCUAAAGGCUCCUGUUGACCCAGAAGACUUGAUGCGUUUUUGUCCGACCAAUAUUGAAGAUGAAGAUGACACUGCCCGAACAAAGACUCAACUACUUUACCUGCUCGAUACUCUCGGAUCCUGGAUAGACGAGGAUUUUCUUAUCCUCCUCCCCUCCCCAGUUCCGCCACCAUCAUUCGAAGAUCAUUCUUCAGAAUCAGACCCAGAAUUGAAAUCCCAAUACCACCUCGAAGCCUAUACAACUUACUAUCCGGCUGGCUUUGACACACGCAAGAAGCUCUCUUUAUCGCUAUCCGCAAUUCACGCCCCACUGCCCGGAUACAAGCAGAAACUCUCCAAGAGCAUGGAUCGGUUCUUCGAACGGCUUGAAGUGGGCAAAGCAGUUGUGCGCGUGAACUGGAGUAUUAUGCCCAAGGGCACGGGGCUGUUUGCUGCGUUUGGAGGGUUGCAUAAUCAUUCCCCUAAUGCUGAAAGAGGGAAUGAAAAGGUGGAAAAGUUACAUCCGGAAAGCUUUGACGGAGAAGACACGUUCCUCCGAUGCGAGAGGCAGACGCUACAUCGGCUUCCGAACAGUAAGGCGCUUCUGUUUGCGUUCCAUACGUAUACGUAUCCACUUAAGGAUGUCAAAGAGGAGGGGCUGGGUGAGGAGCUGGCGAUUGCGAUAGAUGGACUAAAGGAAGGCAGUGUGCCGGAGAUCCACGAGUACAAGAACGGGCCAUAUUGGGGAGAAGCUGUGAAGGCUUUUUUGCGCUCUUAA